AUGGAGUGGAGGACAAAAAUCUUGGAUUCUGUUUCUACCAUCUCAUUUCCGUUCCAAGAAGAAUACGAAACCCAAAAGAAACAAACUCUUGUAUAUUCAUUUCUUCGCCUGGAUCAAUCUGUGAUGCUGUCAUCUGAAGGAACUAAUAUGGUGUUCAAAUCCUACCAAAGCCAAGUGGAGCUGCUUCUCCAGAACUAUGUACACGCAGAUCCUGUUAUUCUCUGCACUUCUGUCAUCAGUGGCAUUUUUGCUUGCAAAUUGAUAUACGAUCUCAGCCAGUUAAUGAGUCCAGGAUACUUUAAAAGCUAUUCAAGCCUUGCAAAAUCCAAACAAAUUGAAUGGAACAACCGUGCCAUAUCUACGAGUCAUGCAAUAUUCAUUGCAACCAUGUCUUUGUAUUUGACACUCUGUUCAGAUCUAUAUUCUGAUGACCAGCUUCGUGGCCCUAUUACACUUCGAAGUUCAAAAUUGUCUACAUCUGCUUUAGGAGUAUCUGUUGGUUAUUUCAUAACAGAUCUCGGCAUGAUCCUUUGGUUUUAUUCUUCUUUAGAGGGAAUGGAGUAUGUAAUUCAUCAUCUUCUUUCUUUGACGGGCGUCACCUAUGCUAUGUUGACGGGUGAAGCGCAGGUUUACACCUUCAUGGUUCUAAUUUCAGAGGCAACUACCCCAGUGAUCAAUCUGAGAUGGUAUCUUGAUGAGGCUGGAAUGAAGAGGUCCAGAGCGUACAUUAUCAAUGGAGUUGUAAUGUUCUUAGCAUGGCUAGUUGCAAGAAUACUACUGUUUGUUUAUUUGUUUUAUCACGCCUACCUGCAUUAUAAUCAGGUGAAGCAGAUGUAUCUCUUUGGGCGUGUAUUGGUACUUGUCGCUCCCUCAGUGCUCACUGUCAUGAACUUAAUUUGGUUUUGGAAAAUUUUCGAGGGAUUAAAGAAAACGCUAGCAAAGAGGCAUUGA